AGAACCCGCCCGAGUUUAACCUACUGUUGCCAAAUCUCAACCGAGUCGGCAACUCGCCUGUUAAUGUUGGAAAAUUCGUCAAUCCCUCCGGUUUCUGAGUGCUGUCUGGCUUUGGAACUAGAGAAAAUUUGGCUUUGGAUUACGUUUCAGAGGAAAAAAUUCCGCUAGUAAGAGAAUUUAGAUGUCUAUCUUAAAUAGUGCCCCAUCGAGGGCGAGCCUCGGUGCUCAGCCAGGCGCCAAGGUGGUAAGGUUCCAAUUGGACUUUAAUUUGAAGUCUCUCCUGUUGGAUUGUCUCAACGAAAAAGACAACAAAUUGUACGAAGAGCUUGUGUGUAAAAUUAGAGAUGUCGGGCAAGAAAUAAGGGAUGAUGAUUUGCUUCAACUUUUGAAAGAAGCAAGAGGAUGCAUAUCGAUUAUAGAUAGAAACUUUAGGCUUUUUGUCCAAGUUGUUUUAAUUUUACAGUGGACUCACAGAUGUGAGGAAGUUGUUAAUGAAUAUAAAGGUUUCCUUCAGGAUUUAUGUGCAGCACAUAACUAUUAUACAAAAUUAGUAACAGACCAUUUAAUUUCUUCAUUUAAAACAGAUACUGAAGUUUGGAAAGAUGGUGUUCCCAGUGAAAAGAGCAGACAAUGUUUUGAACACAUUCAUCAAGUUAUUUUAUCAAUUUUAACAGUAAUUCCUAUGUCGAGAGAUAUUCUACUUUCAUCUAUACAGAGUUGUUCUCCUUACAUAAAAAAACCUGCCCAUGAACAUGAAGCCUACAUGUACAACAUACUUCUAAUUUCUAUCAAAAUCCCACAAUUACGUUACGAACUUUUGAACUUUGUAAUUACAAAAAUUAUCGCUCUCGAUGUCAACUCGCCGAAAUCAGAAAUAGAGAGGGCUUUGGAGACGGAAGAACAUGGCGGAGUGUUCCAUUUAGAAGAGAAUACUAGUCACCAAAUUAGCCAAACGUUGGACGUGUGCAUGUUAAUGAUGUUCAAAUAUAUCCACUCUUUUUGCCAUGAAAAUGAUAAUCUUGUAAUUGAAAAAUUAAAAACUCUUUAUCUAGAUUUAGUAAAGAUAUUUGAUAACAUGAUACUCCCUACCCAUUCCACACACUAUGUCCAAUAUCUAUUGUUUUACUUGCUGGGACUGAAGCCAGCUUUGUCAGUAUCUUUCCUAAAAACUUUGUGGUCGAAGCUAAACAAUCCCAGUGUACCUUCGGUACUUAGACAGGCAGCAGUUUAUUACAUUGCGAGUCUUUUAGCUAGAGCGUCAUACGUAUCAAUAAUCUCCGUUCAAGAAAUGUUACUAGAUAUGGCAGUCUGGAUCCAUUCUUACAUCGUGAACCAGGAUGAAUCGAGCAAUAUUUCAAGUCAAGACAUGAGAGUUCAUACAGUUUUCUAUUCAAUUUGCCAAUCUUUGUUCUACGUCAUUGCUUUCCGAUACAAAGAGUUUAUUCAAACCAAAGGAGGUCUAGCUUUUCUUCAAGGGCUUAAUCUUUCAAAAAUAGUUACAAGCAGGUUGAACCCAUUAAAGGUUUGUAUGCCAGUUAUCGUCUCGCACUUUGCAUCUGUAGCGAGAGCGUAUCAGUUGGCGUACUGUUACACGGUGAUAGAAAGGAAUUCUAGGAGCACCUUGCCGCAAGUUUAUAUGGACAGCACUGGAGCUACUACAUUGGUCGCCAGUGCCCACAUAGACACAUAUUUUCCAUUUGACCCUUAUUUGUUGCCAAGUUCAAAACCUUAUAUUACACCUUUUUACCGGGAAUACAUUGGACCUCAAGAUAAUGACGUGACUGAAACAAAUCAACAGAAUAAAACAGAAAAUGAUGAUGAUGAUGACUUUUUGGUGUCCAGCACACCAACUGAAUCGCCAGCAUUAGAAACAUUUUCAUAUAGCACAUCUCCUGGGUUUUUACAAUAACUUAUAAUUUUUAAUUGUCUUAUAAUCUAUAUUUAUUUUAUUUACCCUGAUUUGUUUUUGCAUUUUUUAAAUUGGCUGUGCAUUUUUUUUUUGUGUGUAAAAUUGUUGAUUGAUUCAACGAAAGUGUAACCGUGUCAACCAAGGUUUUUCAAUGUGAGUCGAUUAUCAUGUAAUGUUUAUACAUGGUGCAGAUUAAAGAAAAAGUUUAAAAAUU